CUGGGGGAGUCUUCUAGCUGACCGAUAAUCCCUGGUUUGUUUUGGUUCGUCAGCUGGUGCGUGGAAGGGGCCGCGAUCCUCAGAGUGUCCACAAAAUGUACGAUGUUUGUCAUCCGAGUUACUAUAAGAUUUGCGAGCUGGGCUGCAAAGACGAUGUGAAAAUCACGACAGCAUUCCAUGUGUAUAUUGAGUUGUGCGAAGAGCGAAAGCUUUGGGACGUCGAAUAUAAGUAUGAACCAUCACUGGACUUGAUUUAUCUUGAGGCAAAAAAAACCAAAGAUUCUGAAACGGACAUCUACAUACCAUGGUCUGUUAAAUGUACCAUAAAACUUCAGGACAUAGAGAAUAUCCAGAAAACACUGGCCAUUGGACGCUUCACUUUAGCUUCAAAGAGCGGUGAUGGGAUGAGUAUGUUCCACACAGUAAACUCAGGAUUAACUAAACCCCUGGCGCCGCACGAGGAUAAUCAAAUUCGGACAUUACGCCGUAAGAAGAUAGAGCUGAGUCGAGAAUUACGUAAAAAUAGUAGGAAUUUGUAUGACAUGGCGAAAUGGAAAGCCGGAGAAGCACCGGUCUCUGGAGUAAGUGACUAAAUCUCUACUGGACAAAAUACCAAAAAAUAAAGAAUACUUCUAUAUUGCACAAAUGCAACAAUAAA